AGUGCUGAAUAAAGAUCUAAGAAAUUAGUAAAUGAUAAGAUAGUGUUGAAACAUUUUCUAAAUCUGGUAUGACCAGCCAGUGGUGCAAUGUGUUCUAAUUCCACCUCCACUUACAGUAUAUAUAAAAAGGUGCCAUCAUACAUUAUUCAAACAACCGAAAAAUCUCCUCUGAAUUUUCCAAGAAGGAAAAAACGUAAUAGCAGAUAUGUCUGGAAUCAAAGGAAAAUGUGUUGCUCAGAAGAUCCAAUGUCAAGAUCCAUGCAACCCUUGCCAAAACGUAGUAGUCUGCAAGGAUCCAUGCCAAGACCCAUGUAAGCCUCAACAUCCUCACCAUCAUCACCAUGGCACCGUCCAUGUUCAACAACAAGAUCCAUGCAAUCCAUGCAACCCUUGUGUUGUCCCCUGUUGUCCUGAGCCUUGUGAUCCAUGCCACGGCCAUGGACAUGGACAUAUCUCCUGUGAUAAAUGAAGACACCAUGUUUGUGCCUAUAAUCUGAUCUACUCAUUUACUUCUCUGCAAAAUAAACCACACUCCUCUCAUUGUACAAU